AUGGACUCGCAGACAUCUGGCGACAAACACCCGGGCCACAUCGCCCUGGAGGAGAAUAUGUCACGUGAAGGAAAUGCGCAAGGCACAGUAAAGCAGGAUGGCAGUGAUGACAAAGGCGUCAGAGCUGAGAAAUAUGCGUACUACAGUUUUUUUGCGGCUAAUAAUGGCAUCGGCCCCUACCAAUAUGCCUAUUCUCUUUUCCAGACGCUGAUCUACCAAGCUGCUUUCAACCCCGACAUCUUGCCAUGGGGCAGCGCUUCUUGUGACGAAGAUCCGGAUGCGCCUUGCCACGUCACUUGGGCAGGUGGCACCAAGUCAUAUGAUUCGGUCGCCUUGAUAGCCUCGGCAUUGGUUUUUGUCGGCCAGUCCAUCCUCUUCAUCUUCAUCGGCAGCACAGCGGACUACGGGCCAUGGGCUCCUUGGGUCCUGCGAAUCUCUGUUCUGAUCUAUGGCGGCUUAUCGCUCGGGUUCUUCGGCCUGAAGACACCAGAUGCUUGGCCAGCAGCAAUGGCAUUGUAUACACUGACAAACAUCGGCUUCUACAUUGUUUUCACGUUCGGCUAUGCCUUAUUUCCCAGAAUCGCGGACGACCAGCCUGAAGCGAGAAAGGCUCAGGUGGCCUUGCGGAACCAGGAGAUCAAUCGCUCGGAUUACGAGAGAAAAAUCGAGCAUGUACGCUCCACCAUUGCCAACCACGCCUGGGCAGCCAACAACGUUGGCUUCGCAGUAAGCGCUUGCUUGUGUGUGGCCAUUCUAAAAGGCAUCAACGCGGAUUCCUCGGCGGCAAAGAACAACCUGGGUUACGCGUUGUGUACCGGAAUGGUCGGGAUUAUUGUGCUUCUCUUCUCGGUGCCCUGGGUAUUUCUCGAGAAACGCCGACCCCGGCUGCCGGUGCCGGAAGGCCGUAAUGUAGUCAGCUAUGGGCUUCAGGAGACAUGGCAUAGCUUCAAGUACUGCAAGAGGAUCUCUCAGACCUUCAUAUAUCUCUUCGUCUACUUCUGGCUCAAUGACGGAGUUAGCACGCUGUUCACGAUGCUCAUCAUCUCGCAGACAGCAGUCGCUCAAUUUUCAGCAACCCAGAACAGUUACUUCCUGAUUGUGCAGGGAGUAUCGGUGUUCUUUUUCACAGUCUUUGCUGUAUGGGCUCAAAAGCAAUGGUCUAUUCGGACCAAGACGAUACUCCACAUCACUAAUUGGUCCUGUUUCUUCCUGGCCGUUUGGGGCAUGAUUGGCUUGUGGACAAAAAAGAUCGGAUACCAUAAUUUAUGGGAGUUUUGGGCUGUCAGUGUGUUCUAUGGACCUAGCGUGGGUCUGCAAAUGUCGUAUUCACAGGUAUUUCUGGGACAAGUUAUUCCACAUGGCGAGGAGAACAGAUACUUCGCCUUGCUCGGGUUUAUUGGGAGAGUUGGCUCGUGGAUAGGACCGCUCAUUUGCAGCGCCAUAGUCGACCGAACAGGCUCGCAGAAUGCGUCCUACGGGUUUUUAGCGGCUCUCAUCGGCGCAUCGUCCUUGGGACUGAUCUUCGUGGACGAGGAGAAAAGCAAAGUAGAAUGCGCAGAAUACGCGGCUACAGAGCACCGAGCAGAUGCAGAACGGGAGUCACCAGCACAGGCGAGUGAUGACAGCUGGGAGGCCAAGAUUUGA